UCUACAUCCAACUAAAUAUAUGUAGUAUUUUUAAAUCAUGAACUUAGCUCUCAAACAACCCAAUCUAAAAUUCGCUUUUAUAAAGAUUUGAAUUCAGUAGCUUGGGUGCUAACGACCGGUGGAUGACAUUCGACCGAAUAUAUCAUACGUAGGCACAUGAGACGUACGUUCCUCUCAUGUGAUCCCAAUUGCUGCGCCACCUCCACCUCCACAUCACAUUCACUCGACUCAUGCGUCGACGCCGCACGAUCCCCAUCCCGUUUUAAACCCUAUCACGAGCGCCCGCGCCAACCUCCUCCGAUCCACGUACACGCGUACACGCCUAAUUAAGCUUAUAUACUUUUCUCCAACCAAACCUGACAUGGCGUCGAUCGAUCCCCUCUUCUAUCUCGAUUAGUGUCUACACCAUGCGGCGCCGCAGCGGCAUACGCAGCUUCUGCCACGGCGUCGACUCCACGUCGACCACGAUGCAGCGCCGGCUGGUCGGCGCCGACGCGGCGUCGUCGUCUUUCCUCACCGUGCCGACGUCGACGGCGUCGUCCGUGGGCGUCGCUGAGAGCGAGGCGGCGGCGGCGGUGACGCUGGAGCAGAUGAUCCUGCAGCUUGACCUCGAGGAGGCGGCGGCGAGGAAGGCCCAGCAGCAGCAGCAGCCGCGGCGCGCGUCGUGCGUGAACAGCUCGGACGGGCGCGUGCUCCGGUCGGCGAGGGACGCGCUCAGCCAGUACCCGCGCUUCUCCCUCGACGGCGGCCGCGACGCCAUGUACCGCGCCUCCUUCAGCGACCACCACCACUACUACUACCACGACGCCGCCCUCGCCUCCUCCUCCUCCGGCCACCGGAGAUCGCCGCCGCCGUGCCGCGGGAUGCCGCCGACGGUGGCCGGCGAGAGCGUGGUGUGGUGCAAGCCCGGUGUGGUGGCCAAGCUCAUGGGCCUGGACGCUGUGCCGGUGCCGGUCAGGGGAGGAGGGCAACGGAGGGGCGGCGCCGCCGCCACCGCCGGCGGGAGGAGGAAGGCGAGCGGGGCACCGCCGCUGGCCUCGGUGAUCGCCGGCGGCGGCGGAAGGAAGCGGAGGGGGAGGAGGACGGGGAGAGAGGAGGAGGAGCUCGAGAAGGAGAGGCUCUUCAUGGCGCUGCAUGGCUAUGACGUGGCAGUGGCCCGCGCGUGCCACGCUGGCGCCCUUCACCCCAGCGUGGCCCCCAACGUCAGUGGGAUGGGCAGGGGUGCGGAAGAUGGCUGGGGAUUUCGACUUCCUCACUGAAAUUAAUUUGAUAAUGAUAAUAAUAAUAAAAUAAUGGUUAUUAUUUUUAUGUAGUAUAUAUAUAUAUAUAGCAAGUUGUUAUAGACACAUAUUUCCUACAGUAUAUCCUAAUUCUCACAUGAAUUUUCAUGUAAAAUCGUCAACAUUACUAGCGAAUAGCUCUAUAUUUUCAAAAGAGCUAAAAUGAUGGUAUGUACUGCUGGGUUUUGCUUCUCAGUUUAUGGUCUGUUUUUUUAGGAAAAAAAUAUAUUUAUAACCUAGCUUACGUAUCUGUAAACUUAUGAGUAGUUGUUACUCUGUUUAU